GAUGUUUGCUGGGUGUGCCUGGAUGGCCCUUCCCCGGGGAAGCCGCUUAUGCGGCCUUGCAAGUGCCCUCGAUACUGCCACAGUGUUUGCAUCGCGCGAUGGCAACUGCAAAGCGCUGGGAGCAGGCAAACCCACUGCGAUUUCUGCCAGUCGAGGCUCCCAGAAUGGAAAACUGCACUCACGCCUGCUUGCGGCUGCGAGGCGCCGGCUGUGAUGAACGUCAACUUUGGCGGCCGCACGUACAGCUUCGAGGUGCAGCCUGGGCCGGAGGGCUACCGCCGUUUCACGGCUGCUAUCCGGCAGGCGUUUUCGCUUCCGGAGGACAGCGAGCUGAACAUCACCUUCACGUGUGACGAGCCCAACAGCGGCUCAUUGCUGACACUGCAAGGCGCGGGAGCCUAUGAUGCAGCCGUACAUUGCGCCUCCGUCUCCGCGGCGCGCCGC